UGUCAGUGCCUAUUGACGUGAGACAAGCGACGCAACCGUGUAAGAUCUUUGCCCUUCCUUUUAAGCCUUCAGAUAAAUCAAGAACGCUCCAUCACGAAGACCAUGAUGUUAGUAUGGGUGUGCGUCGGCCUGGUACUAACAGUGGGCUCAGCGAACACAGCCUUCGCCCAAACGCAAGUGCAAGACCCUCUGGGGUGCUCAGCGGAGGAAUACCUGGAGGCUCAACACGCCAUCCCUCGCAGCCUCAGUGUCUUCUACAAGCCGCUAUUGAUGGAAGACUUCAGUGAGAUACGAAGCACCCUGAGUAAUGAGAAUUCCGUGAGGUGGCAUGUCAACUGCAUUCUGUACGACAAGGCGUGCACCAGGCUGGGCAAGGCAAUGCAGUAUUUCGUGACGAAUCAGGGUGGCGCGCGGAUUUGCAAGUCCUGCCAGACAGCCUGUGUGCAACGCCGCAUCAGAACUGUGCUGCACGAGAUCCAUUGCCAAUAUCCACAGAUUUCACAAGAAAUCAGAGAAUUCUUCAUGCGCAAAGAUGGCGUGGACAUCCUCACCUUCUUUCUAGGCAACAACCCCGCGUGCUAGCCUGUCUCACUCAUCGCCGCUCCCUAGCCGUUGCCCUCGUCCAUCACGACUACUGACCGAGGAUUACUCGCUAUUGACCGACCGACCACAUUAACCAAUGCUUUUGUCAUUCACUUACUACACACACACACACACACACACACACACACACACAUGGUUCCAACAUGUUGCACUCUGUUACGCAUGCAAGCCGCACCGUAACACAUCAGCAUCUAACGACUGUGUCUAGCUGGUAAUUUAUGAAGUUUUUGAUUAGUAGAGAAUGAAUGAACUGCAGAAACAA